AUGAAAAAUAAUAACCGGGUCCUGUUCCUCACAAACUGCGAGUCCGGCCUGGCCAAUGUUCAUUUGGCAACCGCCCACUCUAUUCUGACAAGUUAUCCAGACACCGAAGUCCACUUCGUAUCUUUUCCCAGACUCGCGCCGUUCGUGGAGAAUGUCAAUAAAUAUGCGACACGGCAGUCCCCAUCAACCGGCCUUGACAAUGUCAAUCGUAUAAUUCUCCAUGAGCUUUCCGGUCCAUCAUACGGGAAAGCGCUCGUUUCAGGGUGGACGAAAACCCAUGACGAUGUGAUACAUGGACCGGGGCUCUCGGGCUUGUCACAUUUGACUCGGUUUGUGGAGAGAGCGGCUGUACCCUGGAAUGGGUCUGAAUAUGUCGGGCUGUACCGUGAAGUUUGCCAGUUGAUUAACGAGAUAGACCCAGCCGUCACCGUUAUUGACACGCUUUUUGCUCCUGGGGCGGAUGCUGUCACGUCUUUGACACGGAAAUAUAUUCUUAUGUCCGCGAAUGCUUUGUCGGACAAUUUUGCAGGGAGUCAGCCUAGAGCUGCAAUGCUUUGGAAGUUUCCCGCAUUUUCCUCAGGGUACCCCUUUCCCGUUCCAUGGUAUCUCAUUCCAGCAAAUAUCCUCUACAACCUUCGGCUCUUGAAAACUAUAGCGUUCGGACCUCUGCAGCGGGAAUUGACUGCCCAUACCAAAAGCCAGGGUCUUGGUAAACCUCGAGAUGUCUUCAACAUAUAUGACAAAAACGUCCCAUGGCUUAGCCCGUCCCUGGUGGAGAGUGACUACCCACUUGUAAUUCCAUCAAACGUAACUCCAUGCGGACCUAUAUUCCUUUCUCUGGGCUCGAUACCUGAAAGGGACCCUGAAUUGGCAGCAUGGCUAGAACGCGCACCCACUGUUCUAGUAAAUCUUGGUAGCAUGACCACAUACAGCCAAGCGGAUGCCGAGGAGAUGGUUGGCGCCAUCCGGAUUCUCCUUGACAACACUGGAGUGCAGGUGCUGUGGAAAUUUUUUAAACGACACGACUACAGUGACGACUUUUUAAUACCUCUUGCUGACGACCUAGCUUCGGGCCGUGUGAGGAUUGAAGGGUGGAUUAGCGUAGAGCCAGCAUCUUUAUUAGAAAGCGGGCAUAUAGUGCUUUCGGUCCAUCAUGGUGGAUCGAACUCAUUCCAUGAGGCUAUUGGUACUGGAAUACCACAGAUAGCUUUGCCUUUAUGGGUUGAUUGCUAUGGGUAUGCAGUUCGGGCUGAGUGGCUGGAGGUAGGGAUUUGGGGGAGCCGCAAGACGGCUCCAAGCUGGACAGCGAAAGAGCUGGGCCAGGCGUUUUUGACUGCAGUUGGGGAUGGUGCAGAAGCCAAAUUCAUGGCCGAGAAGGCAAGAAAGCUGGGUGAAUUGGCGAAAAAAGCGCCUGGUCGUGUGGUGGCUGCGAGAAAGAUCGUCGAGUACAUGAAAAUGAAGCUAGGAGAGAGUGAAGAGAGUGAGGUUCCUUCACAUAACGGGACUGGCCCUGUUGUAAAGGAACUGUAG